CCCUGUCAACAAACCCUUAACUUUGCAGACGCAUUGAUGCAUCUGACGUCCCCAGAUUGCCAUCUCAAGAAUAAUAAAUAGUGUGGCCAGUGUAUAUGUGAACAAAGUACGAAACCUAAAUAAUCAGUGCUGUUGGUAAUGUACUAAGCCCCGACCACAAUUCUUGUUUCCGUUAGUCUUUCCACCGAAUAUGGAAAUCUCAGUUGACGCGGCAAUUGUGGUUGUUGCUGUGAUGACGACGCAAACACCAGGAAAAGCAAUUCGAUUGUUUCCCAUGAUUACAACACGUCUUUUGUUGUAAUAACGAGUAGCCCAGUGCAUUCUAGGGCAUUGCAUCACCCUCUAUAGUUUCACCAAUUUCAUGUUAGUGUUGUUGUUGUUAAUGUUGCUGAAAAAUGGCUGACAUCAAUGGGAGACGAGUUCUAGAGUUAGUCAAGAAAGCCGGUAACAGUGUUUGUGCUGACUGUAAUUGUCAAGCGACAGAGUAUGCAUCUUACAACAUUGGAGUCUUUCUUUGCACUCAGUGUGCUGGGAUCCAUCGUGCCUUGGGAACCCAUAUAUCCAAGAUAAAGCACCUGAGGUUAGACAAAUGGGAAGAAUCCCAAGUAAAACAUUUAGAAGAAGUUGGAAAUAUUAUUGCCAAAAGGAAGUAUGAGGAACGGGUACCAGUGUGUUACAGAAGACCUUCAGAAAAUGAUCCACAGAUUCUUAGAGAACAAUGGAUUAGGGCCAAAUACCAAAGGGAAGAAUUUAUUCAUGCCGAAAAACAGCGAUAUACUCGCGGAACUAUGGAAGGUUUUCUAUUCAAACGAAGUAAAGUUGAUGAUUCAUGCAAACAGAGGCGGUUCGUCUUGUCGGAGCGAGAAAAUACCCUUAAAUACUACGUCUCCAAUAAGGAGCCUAAGGCGGAAAUCCGUAUACUCGACAUGAACGUAGCAUUUGCACCUGAAAAAUUAAAACCUCCCACCUCCCUCCAAAUCACUUACAUCAACCAAGGCUCUACUCGGCAUAUUUAUGUGUAUCACGAUGACGCCGAGGUGAUUGUCGAAUGGUAUAUGGCUAUUCGAUCAGCUAAACUUAAUUUACUACAAGUCGCUCAUCCUACCCAGCCUGAAAUGGAGUUGGCACAGUCAUUGACGCAAGAUUUCCUGAAGGAAGGUUUCUUAUGCAAAACAGGGCCCAAACCCUCAGACGGAUUCAAAAGACGGUGGUUUACUCUUGAUGGAAGAAAACUCAUGUACCAUGAUCAAAAACUGGAUCCGUACCCAAAGGGAGAGAUCUUUAUUGGUCACGCGAGUGAUGGGUACAGCAUCUAUACGGGCCAGCCUGCCGGUUGGAAAGUCAAGGAUGUGGGAUUCAUUUUUCACGUGAAAACACCAUCUCGUUCUUUUGUUUUUUCGGCAGAGAGAUCUGACGACCGUAAUGAAUGGAUAGCCGCCCUUCAGAUGGUCAUUUCUCGGCCAAUGUCACCUCAAGAUUCCUUUUUGAGAGGCAUUUUGGUAAAGAAGCGAGGUGGGGGGUCGGUCGUCUCCUUCUUUUCAACUCGCUGAGGAAGUCCAGCUCGCAAUUCAAGACGCAUAUUAUGCAGCAAGAGAAAUGCCAUUCAAUAAUGGUUGGACACGUUGUAUUGACCAAUGUGAUCUUUCAGAUAACGUACAAAUGCAUCGUCGUCGGAGAAGACCGCCAUGGUAACUUCACCGAAAAUUUCGCUCCGGCUAAUUUCGCGGAAUCCAAUCUUCUGGAACAUUUGAAUACUCGCAAUAUUAUCUAGCCCAAUUUUAGCAUGGAACUGUUUGAUUCCCAGUUGUUCUUUACCUGUGUUGUUUUAAGAUUGGUUUAUUAAAAUUGAUGUUUGUCUUCUGUGAAAUGUUUUUCUUACCGUAUCUGAGCAUUAAUAAUGUUGAUUCUUUUCCUCUUCCAUUUCUACGAUAACAAGUCUCUGCAAUCAUGAUCUCAAUUUCUGCCAAGGUAACAUCAGUAUUGUCAGUCAUGAAAAUAUUGGUAUCACCAAUCAUAGAAUCUGUGCAAAGGUCAAAUCAUCAGAUCGUUUAGCUGUUGACAUUCUUGAAAAAUAUUUUGAUUUACCAACUUCGUCAUUUGUUUCUUCAUAUUUGGCUUUAUCCAAAACAAUGAAAGUGCAUUCUGAAAUGAAACAUUGCAAAUGAUUUUUGAUGACUGUUUUCAAAUUAUUUGUAUAUUUUUUAUCACUAAACUGUCUUCAUCGUCA